UGCUUCCUGGCCAAGGUGCACGAGCUGGAGCGCAGGAACAAGAUCCUGGAGAAGCAGCUGCAGCAGGCUCUGGAUGCCAACAAGGCCUGUGCAGGUGGAUGCUGCGAGACCAGGUCGAACACCCAGGAGGCAGGAGUGCAGACUGGGUUUGUCGGGACCAUACCGCUCAGGCCGGGUUCCCUUCCCUUCCACAACACCAACAACUCAGCCAGGAGGCCCACGACUCUCUUCACGCCACCUCUCACUGCAUCCUUCGCACCAGCAUCUUCUGAGAACUCCAGUUCGACCCAAACCAAGGCCACCUGUAACCCGGUCAUCACCAUCAGCCAACCCUCCCCCUGCAUGGACUCUCCGGGGUCUGGUUCGAUUAGAACCACCCAAAACAGCAGCACGGGCCCAUUUAACUCCACCAACCCUCCUCCACGGUUUCUCCCGGGGACGAUCUGGUCGUACAACCACACCCGCAAGUUUGGAUCCGGUGCCGAACGCCUGACCAGCCCCGGGGUGUCCUGGAUGCACCCAGAUGGAGUUGGGGUCCAGAUUGACACCAUCACCCCUGAGAUCAGAGCUCUGUACAAUGUGCUGGCUAAAGUCAAGAGGGAGAGAGAUGAGUAUAAACGCAGAUGGGAGGAGGAAUACACUAUGAGGAUGGAUCUGCAGCAGAAGAUUUCAGACUUACAAGAGGACCUGCAGGAGAGCGAAGGCUGUCAGGACGAGCUGGCGCUCAGGGUGCAGCAGCUGAAGGCAGAGCUGGUCCUCUUCAAAGGCCUCAUGAGCAAUAAUUUGUCYGAGCUGGACAGUAAAAUCCAGGAAAAAGCCAUGAAAGUGGACAUGGACAUCUGCCGCAGGAUCGACAUCACCGCUCGCCUGUGUGAUGUCGCCCAGCAGAGGAACUGUGAGGAUGUGAUCCAGAUGUACCAGGUUCCGAACAACCAGUCGUCUCUGAGUCUCCGGCGUAAACAAACCCCUCUGUCCGUCAACGGGAGCGAGUGCGACGAACCCGUCAGCACCUCUGAAAGUGACGUGGGUGUGGUUAAAGAGGAGGAGCGCUUCGGCUCGUCGGCCAAUCAGAUCAACGAGGAGAUGCAGAGGAUGCUGACCCAGCUGCGGGAAUGUGAGUUUGAGGACGACUGCGACAGUCUGGCCUGGGAGGAGACUGAAGAGACACUGCUUCUUUGGGAGGACUUCCCAGGUUGCACUCUGCCCCCAGAUCCCACCCACCCACCAGGAGAGGAGGACUGUCUGGAAAAGGUGAUUAACGACACUGAAUGUUUGUUCAAAUCCCGGGAGAAGGAAUAUCAGGAGACAAUUGACCAGAUUGAGCUGGAGCUGGCCACAGCCAAGAGUGACAUGAACCGACACCUGCACGAGUACAUGGAGAUGUGCUCCAUGAAGAGAGGCCUGGAUGUUCAAAUGGAGACCUGCAGGAGGCUCAUCAC